AAACGUAUCGAACGGGGUUUGAACGCGGUCAAUUAACACGGUUACGAGUAGCGCGAGAUGAGUUAAAAAAAAAAAAACAUCGUGUAAUUUUAGUAGCUUACCGUCAAGUUUAUAGUUGUUAUAUAGUAAACGUAACAGACCGGUCAUGCGCACAAAGUUUGUGCUUAAGAAUUUUGAGGCGCAAAAUAUAAAAAUUUAAAUACUAGAACAAUUGUAAAAUAACUAAAAACGGCGCACAUAAAUUAUAAUUCAACAAAAUGUUGAUUCGUUGGAAGAGCAAAGAUAAAAGUGCAUCGACAAAUCAAAGCGGCAGUGGAAGCAGCAGCUCAUCGUCAAAGAAGAAGCGCAAAGGACGAGAAGGAGAAGACUGGCAAAAUGAAAAUAAACCGGGUCGCCUGCCGCCCAGCGAGCAAAGUGGCGACGAACGCAGGCGUGCGAUGCGACGCGAUGAUCCACGACGGCACACGCUUGGAGGCGACAUUCUGGUCUACGGCAACUCGCAGCAUCCGCACGCACACCAAAUGACGCAGCAGCAACGCGCCAUGGACCUAGAGAUGAGCACCCGAGCGCAAAAAAAUAAGAAAAAUCAGCCAAUGCGCGGCUAUGCGCCCGUCAAUCAAGGACCGCUGUUCGAUGAUGAUCCCGGCAUUAUGUCCGAGGUGGAAACAGCAAGCACUGGAUUUCGGCGUGGCGGCAAACAGCGCUCCUCGUUGCCAGUUGUGCGCACGCCGUCGAAAACUCUGGAGCGGCCGCUUGGGCUCGUGUUCCUGCAGUAUCGGUCGGAAACGAAGCGAGCUCUACUCCCAAAUGAGAUCACAUCGAUAGACACUGUGCGAGCGUUGUUCGUGCGCUCGUUUCCACGUCAAUUGACCAUGUCGUAUCUGGAGGGGCCGAACGUUAAGAUCUACAUUCACGAUGCUAGCAAAGACAUGUUCUACGAGCUAGAGGAUGUGCGCUCGCAUCUGCGUGAAAUACGCGAUCGCUCUGUGUUGCGGCUCUUCGAGUCCACCGAGGUGGCGGCUCCGCCUCAGAUUUUGCCCGGUGGCCCUGGGAUACCGCAGCCAUUGCCGCAGGCACCAUCGAACUGGGAUCAGGAUCAAAGUUAUUUCAGCGAGCCGGAGUUCGAUUCCGAUUUUAAGCAUCAGCACAUUCACAAAUCGAAGAUCGGCAAACAAGCAGCCCCGUAUUAUGUUGGCUCAUCGCAGACGUUACCCAGAGGAAUGUAUGCCUCAGAGCGCAAUAAAGUGUCAAUGGAUGGUUAUACCAGCUCCCCGGAGAGAAGCACACGCGGCAACUAUGAGGAACCCUACUACAGCCAGUAUGGAACUCGCGGGACUGUCGUGGCGCCCAUAAUUGACGAAGAACAAAGCGAGGCGGCGCUCGCGGAAGACCAAUACUCUCUGUAUGGCAUUAAAGUUGGCCCCAAUCGUCUGCCCCAUCGUGGUAAUCAGAUUUACGAUCCAACCAGACCUGAAGAUUUACAUCGCAUACGUGUCGAGCAUAUGGAGCGGCAAUUGGCCAACUUGACUGGACUGGUCCAGAAGGCUUUAGUCAAUCAAAAUCCCCAAAUCGCUCCAAUGGCUGUUCCUCAAUUAGAUUCCAACUAUCUAGUUGUUCCAUCACAAAUACAAGCCAACGGUUCCGCUGACGAGCUGUACGUUAGGGAAAAGGCGCCAAAGUUGGGCAAGAACUCAUGUCAGAAAUCCGUGUCGUUUGAGAAAUCAGUUUCGUUUAGCGACGAUAUACAGGGAAUUCCCAAAUCUCACAAUCCUUUACAUGCCGCUGAAACGAAGCCAACCAAGCCGGCAAUCAAGUCGUCUACCUUGCCACGCACCUCGUCACAAGAACGCGAUCGCCUAAAGCCCCCUCCACCACCCAAACCAAUUGUGCUGGCUCAGACAUCCCACCCAAGCUACCGGGCGGACAUUGCACUGGCGCCUGAGGUGUACAACCAUUUGCGUGGCCUGCAAAAGAAAGCGAAGGAUUUGCGGAUGGAAGUGCGCACCUUGAGGCGAUUAUCGCAAGCCCAAUCAGUGGCUGUGCGCGAGGAUAUAAAGAGCACAUUUAUGCGCAUUCGCGCCACCCUCUUGGCGAGCAGCGGAAGCUUUUGGGGUCAAGGUGAUCAGGAUACCACGCGCAUAUCGAGGGAGGAGGAAUUGUACAAGCAGGAGGUCAUACGACUUGAAAAGGAUCUCAGCGAUUUGGAAGCCUCUGUGGAGAAUUUGCGUGGUGAAGUUAUUAAUCGACGGACACGUGUUAAUAUGACUGCUGUGGAGGACAUGGCAUUAGUUCUAAGUCGCGCAAGCAAAACUGUUGCUGAACUUAAACUAAAGUUUCCAACUCUGUCUAAUGGGUUACGUUGCAUAUUAUCCAACGAAAUGGAAAAAGUGGUGCGAGAAGAAAAGUUCCUAAAAGAAGAGCCGGACCGCUUGGAGUCGGCAUUACGUCGAUGCAAAAAGCUGACAGGCACCUUGGUGACACUUAAACGUUUGGCUAGCGUGCAGGAACAACGCUUACCGCCCAAUGAGCCGCCAAUAACUGAAGAGUCUUUACGUUCUACAGAUAUAUCUGUUCCUGACAAGCCAAUCCCAACACCCAGGAUGGGGUCGUUCUCUAUCAGCGGGGGACUCGCACCCGAAAACGCACUCGAUGCUCUGCUAGACGAGCUUAAAACAUUUUCUAAGCCAAUUGCUCAACAACAACAACAACAAAAGCAACAAUUCGAAGCUCGCCCCGAAGAUUCUAUAUCCGAUGAGAGCGCACAGGCUGCUGUGCAAAGUACAGUCACCACGCAAAUAUCACAGGCCCGUCUUUUCACGGAGGCCAACAUCAAUAUGCAACAGGCGAACACAACAACAACAACAAAUAGCAUGGUUAUGGCCAUGACUGCAAGCAACAACACACCAGCUCCACGUGGAUCCCUUACGCAUCAGCAAUCCCAACAGCAAUUGAUGGUGCACACUAAUGUGGGGGGCAGUUUGCGUCGUCUGCACUCAUUCCCCAGCGAAUCGGACAACGAGUUUCCCCCAACUGGUUCCAGGGCCAGCGACAGUCUCAGUCUCAGUCUCGCUAAUGGUGGUAACAGUAGCAGUAACAGCAGCAGCAUCAAGCCACCAGUGCCCGAGCGUAAUGCUGAUCUAAUAUCUAAAGUGGGCCACAAACGCAUACCGCCACCACCGCCGCCACGUACCAGCUCACGCAGUCCACUGGCCAGUCCGACAAGCCCAAAUGUGCCACAGAAUAUAGUUGCUGCCGCAGCUGCUGCCAAUAUCGGGGACAACAAUAUAACGAUUGGCAUCGAGACAGUCGUUAUGGGUGUUAUGGGUGGUGGUGACACAUCAAGCGGUGACAAUUCCAGUGGCAAUGAGUCCGGCAACGAUCAUGCACAACGGCAAGUCGCGCUCGAGAUGCGCCACCAGGAGCUGCUGAAGAAGCAAAAGCUGUUGCAGGAGCAAUACCAGCGACUGCAGCAGAUGAGCAAGCUACCUUCCGUUGACAUAUCCUGCUCGUCGCAGGAUAUUACUACUGGAGCAGCGAGCACAGCAGCACACACGCUCAAACAACUUGGCAGCGAAACGAAUAUUCAGCAAAAGAUUGCCGCACUGAAUUUAGCAUGUGAAACGAACACUGCUAAUGCUGGCGCUGCUGCGGCGGCUGCGGCCGAGAGUGCUGCCACUGCGGCUACUAAUGGUGUGUUGAUCAGUGAUGCUACGGGUGGUGUGGUCGGCGGCGCUGUCGGUGCUGUUGUAGGGUCGUCGGGUGGUACGAGCGCUGCUGCUGCCGCUGCUGGUGCUGGUGCUGGUGGAAACACAACCACAAUGACCACCAAGCAGGUGUAUGAAACGGAAAUACUUUAACACAACUGGAAAUUGGCGUGGAGCGAAACGAAAAUAGAUAUUUAACUAUGCACAGGGCCUGUGUAACUAUCUCUGUCACAUGCAUGAGUGAUUCCCUUCUCCCUCUUUCUAUCCCUAUCUCAUGCUCACGCACUCGGUGUCUAUCUUCGACUCUCUUUCUCUAUGUCUGUCUAGCUCUCUCUCUCUCUCUCUCUCUCCCUCUCUGUCUCUCGUUCUCUCUGUAUAUCACACACUAUCCUAGUCAUCCAGCUUCUACAACAUGUAAAGACUUCAAGUCCUUGGCUCUAUAGUAUCUCGAAUAUUUCAAUAAGAAUAAUAAUAUUGUAAGUGUCAAAAAGUACUCAAUAGAUGUUUAACCUAAAUGUCGUACAUACAUCUAGUAUGCACAUUAUAUAUGGUAUAUGUAUUCAUAUACAAUGCACACCACAUAUAUAGUAUGUAUGUAGGUAUGCAAGUCUCUCGUGUACUUGUACACUAUGCGUGUAUGUAUGUACACUUUGCCAAAUCAAAAUCUUAACAAAACUGUUUGCAUAUUUAAAUUGUGCUGAAGCAAUACGUUCACAAGAAACGUAUUUGGGGCAAAUAGUUCAACGCGCGAUGCAUUUGACACUGACUCUACUUUGUACAACAAAUAGUUGUACUUAAAUAAAUUAUAUUCAGUCUGUUUUCGGGAAUACUCACUUGCCCAAAUGCAUCAUGUAUACGUUGUGCCAUUGUUCCCCAACGAUAUCGAACAUUUUGCAUAUUGUACUUCAUAUGCAAGCGUGCUUAGUAUUUAGAAUCAAAAAAUCCCUGCCAUGCCUGUGAAUGAUAUUAUCCAUGCAUACAUGUAAGCAAUCUCCAACAGGUGUGUAGUAUGUUGCAUUCAAAUACCCCGAUCAAUUGUCGUCAGGCUACACAUAGUAUUGGCUGGGUCACAUAAUAAAUACACAGAACAGAAUAAAACAGAAUGAGAAUAAGAAACAGUAAAACAUCACAAAACCAUAUAACCAUACUAUUUGCAUAUUUACGUUAAUAUAUAUUUCAUAGUAUUUUGGUAUGGGAUGUGAGACUGAUAGUUCUAUAUAUGUAGAUCAUCAAGAAAUAUAUAUGAAUACAUAAAUAAUUAAUAAGUACAUCCGUUUAUCUUGUUAGAAUCUUAAACUAGCUAAUUUUAACCCCAUUUUGGUGAAUUCUUCCCAAACAAAAGACAUUCAAUUGAAUAAGCUAGGCUCUGUUAUUGUAGUAUUCAUUUAUUGUUCAUUCUUUUUGCAACCACAACAUUUUUGUCUUGCAAUCUUGGGAAGAGCCGCACCGCUCACUUCGGAAUACCGAAGUAGUAUAUUGUUGUUUAAUCGCAUAUCCAUGAAAUGGGCUUGCAAAGAUGUUUAAUAAUUUUAUAAAUGUCCAUUGCAAUCAAAAUAAGUCAUUUUGUCCAUUUAUUUUGCAGUAUUGGUGAACUAGUUUAUGCUACAUACAUCUUAUAUGUAUCUUUGUAUCUGUAGUUAGCUUCUCCUAAUCAACUAUGUUAUUUAAAAUCAAUUUGUUUAUGCUGCAAAUAUUCUACAUACAUACAUAUGUAUGCAAAAUUCGUAGACCAACACUUAUGUUUAAUCAAUUAUUAUGUUGUACAUAAUAUCAUUUACAUGAUGAUAGAGUCGAACUACUUUCAAUCGAAAAGUAUCUCAUAGUUGAUUAUUUUUAAAUAAUAAUAGGUUUUUACAUGUUUUUAGCAAAUCAAAAUACUUAUUAUUUAUAUAUAAUAUGCAUAAAAGAUAUAUUUAUAUAUAGUCAUAUAGAUAUAUAUAUAUAUAUAUGAAUUAUACGUACACUAACAUAUGUACAUAUACACAUGUGUGGAGAGGCAUUUUAAUUAUGAAUUCAGUAUUACACUUGUACAAUAAGGAUAUUAAAUGUGUACAUAUACAUAUAUACAAUCACAAAUUUGUUGCACUUAAACCAAAAUUUUUAUAUGAAUUUAAAAUGCCUUUCCAAGAAAUUUUGACACAAUUUUACGUAUUUUGUCUUUGUACAUUUAUAUAUGGCAACGGCGGGUAUAUGCACCUCUCAGAAUUGAUGUAUGUAUGUUAUGUAUGUAAGUCUGCUUGCCCUGCCAAUGAUACACUUUUCUGACUUUAAUAAGCAUUUUAGAUAACACUUUGUUUAUCUUGUUCUUAGUUGUACAUAUAAAAUGGUAUAUAUACAUAUGUAUUUAUAUGUGUAUGUUCACCUAGGACACAACAUACAGCCAUAAGUCCGUCGAUUUUGACAAACAUACAUACAUGUACAUGUGUAGAUGAUAUUAACAAUGUUUCAAUAACUGUCUCACUGCUACAAAAUCAUGAAUCACAUUGAAAAUUAUAAACAAAAAUACGGUGAAAUAAACCGGUACGUUGUGAACCACUCGAAACUAAAAUUAAAUUACGAAUAUGUAUAUCUUUUGAUUAUCAUUAACACUUUCGUAUUUAAAUUACUCAUAUAAUUCCAUUGACUUUUAAAUUCUAUUCAACACAUAUAGGGAAACAUAACGAUGCACUCGAAGUAUUAUAUACACAUUGAUAUUUACAAUAAUGAAAGGCACGUUAAUUUUUAAUAAUUUUGAUCAAGUUUGGACGGAUAUGUAUAACAUACAUUUAAUAGUCACGCAACGAAAAACAUUUUUUAAUGAAUUGACUAGAGCGAUAAGAAUUACGAAACUACAUAUGUGAAAGUAUGUAAAUACUCUAAAGCGGAAAAUAUAAUAAAAAGAAAACUUAUUUAGAAACCAUAAUUAAUUAAUACAAAUAUUGUAAUACAAACACGACAAAAUCAAUGGUGUUGAAUGUAUGUAUGUAUACGUAAAUGUUUUUCAUAAGCACACUCACAGACACACACACGUACACAACACACACACACACACAUAUAUAUACAGAACCUUAAAAACGCGCAGCAAUACUUAAAGUCAAAAGAUGUGUAGUAGGUAUUGUAAACAUUGCAAAUACUCAAUUCAAAAACAAAA